AUGAAUUCCACCCAUCACCAUGGCAUGUAUACUUCCCUCCACCUCUGGAACCGCAGCAGCUACGGGCUGCACGGCAAUACCAGCGAGUCCCUGGGGAAGGGGUACUCUGAUGGAGGAUGCUACGAGCAACUUUUUGUGUCCCCCGAGGUGUUUGUGACUCUGGGUGUCAUAAGCCUGUUGGAGAACAUUCUAGUGAUCGUGGCAAUCGCCAAGAACAAGAACCUGCACUCACCCAUGUACUUUUUCAUCUGUAGCCUGGCUGUGGCAGAUAUGUUGGUGAGCGUCUCAAACGGGUCGGAAACCAUCGUCAUCACCCUGUUAAACAGCACAGAUACGGACGCGCAGAGCUUCACCGUGAAUAUUGAUAAUGUCAUUGACUCUGUGAUCUGUAGUUCCUUGCUCGCAUCCAUUUGCAGCCUGCUUUCCAUUGCUGUGGACAGGUAUUUCACUAUCUUUUAUGCCCUCCAGUACCAUAACAUUAUGACGGUUAAGCGGGUAGCGAUCAUCAUAAGUUGUAUCUGGGCGGCUUGUACGGUGUCAGGCAUCCUCUUCAUCAUAUACUCAGACAGCAGCGCUGUCAUCAUUUGCCUCAUUACCAUGUUCUUCACCAUGCUGGUUCUCAUGGCCUCUCUCUAUGUCCACAUGUUCCUGAUGGCGAGGCUUCACAUUAAAAGGAUUGCUGUCCUCCCCGGCACUGGUACCAUCCGUCAGGGUGCCAACAUGAAGGGGGCAAUUACGCUGACCAUCCUGAUUGGGGUUUUCGUGGUCUGCUGGGCCCCUUUCUUCCUCCACUUGCUGUUCUAUAUCUCUUGCCCUCAGAAUCCAUACUGUGUGUGCUUCAUGUCUCAUUUUAACCUGUAUCUCAUACUGAUCAUGUGUAAUGCCGUCAUUGACCCCCUCAUUUAUGCCCUCCGGAGUCAAGAACUGAGGAAAACCUUCAAAGAAAUCAUCUGCUUCUACCCCCUGGGAGGCGUCUGUGACUUGUCUGGCAGGUAUUAA